GCGGCGCGAGAUGACGUUUGCCACCUCCAAUAAUUUCUGACACGACACCGCCACACGGCGACGAGCCGCCGAUAAAUAAAGACACAUCCUUCAGCCACAGAAGGUCGCGAGUCGUCCGAGCUCCAGGACCCCAGCAGGUGCAAAGGCCGUUCGCCACCAGCAGACCAGCCCCCGCAGCCGAGGACUCGAGAGAGUAGCCGCUUCGCCAUCCCCGACAGACUUAUAUUGCUGAACCUGCGCAUCUACACCACGUCGACGACCGAUAGAUACCACAUUACAAGAUGGGUCUUACAAUCAGUGGUAUGCUGACUCGCCUUUUCGGCAAAAAGCAGGUGCGCAUUCUCAUGGUGGGUCUGGAUGCAGCUGGUAAAACCACGAUACUGUACAAGUUAAAGCUCGGCGAGAUCGUGACCACUAUACCCACCAUUGGCUUCAACGUUGAAACCGUCGAGUACAAGAACAUCUGCUUUACUGUCUGGGACGUAGGUGGCCAAGACAAGAUCAGACCUCUUUGGAGGCACUACUUCCAGAACACGCAGGGCCUCAUAUUUGUGGUAGACAGCAACGAUCGCGAGCGUAUAGCCGAAGCCGAGCGUGAGCUCGCAAACAUGCUGAAGGAAGACGAGUUAAGGGAUGCCGUGCUGCUGGUCUUCGCCAACAAGCAGGAUCUGCCUAACGCCAUGUCCGCGGCCGAGCUCACGGACAAACUCGGCCUCAACUCCCUGCGGGGACGUCACUGGUACAUACAGAGUGCCUGCGCCACUCAGGGUCACGGAUUAUACGAAGGUCUUGACUGGCUCAGCAACGAGCUCGCCAAGAAGUGAUGAGAUGCUCGGCCUGCGUGUGCGUGUUGUGAAGAUUCUCUCCAGAGGAGGGGACACUCAAUUUUAAUAAAAGUAAAAAAAGAAGUGCGUCGUGGAUUUUGGGUUCUGUUCUAUUUCAUUUUUAUUUCUCAGAGAAGAGAACCGUUUAAGAAUAAUCAUUUGGAAAUCAAACUUUCGAAAUUUUUAAUGCCUAGCUUAGAUAUUCUGUCAUGCGUGUCUCUCUGUCUCUAUAUCACUUUAGUCGAGUUUUUUUCUUGUGGCGCGGUUUGCUUUUGAGCACUGUAACUUUUAUCAUGCAAUAAUACAUGUCUGAAUAAUAUGAGGCAUUGCAACAAAAAUAUUAGUCAUAAAGAGUCUGUAAGCUUAUAUUUAUAUCAACUGAAUAUUUAAGGUUUUUGGCUAUUCGCAGUCAAUGUACAAUCACUUCACAAAAAUUGGUUUAUCAUGCUUUAUGUCUGUAGAUUAAAUAAUAUAUUUUAAGUUUUUUUUUUAUGUUAAAAAUAAUUUAGCUUUAUUAUGAUAAGUAAAUAUAUACCUUGAGCUACAAAAAAUUAUUUCAUAAUCAUAUUUUCUCCAGAUGUGUAUUAAUGCACUCACUGAAAGAGCAAUGAUAAUAUAAUAAUAAUAAUACUAACAGUAGACAAAAGAAUUUAAAAAAAGUUUCUAAAUUAUAAAAUUUCUUCUUAAAAUACGACGGGCAUCCAUUUGAUUUAUAUACGCGAGAAGGAUCCACACUUUUUUUGCACAAUACAUAAUCAGGGCAAACUUUUUACGCCAAUUAAAUCCACGUAUUAAUUUUUUAAAUAAUAUAGUUGUUUGUACAUUAAGAGAAACUUAGUUCGUAAGCCAAAUAUAUUGAUAAUGUGAAAACAAACAGACAUUGCUGUCAAGGUAUAUUACACAAAUAGUCUGGAAGCGAAUAAAUGGAUUUUCAAAUU